UAACGAACAACAGAAUUAUUUUGAUAGCUUUGGGAAAGGGAAGGGAGAUGAGGAUGACGCGGAGGAGGAGGAGGAGGACAAAUGGUGACGAUGGUGAUGACAAGGGCGAAGGGACGUGGGUGGGCGGCGUUGAGGUGACUAAUUAGCGCUCUGUGGCACCGUGGAGCGGCAGCAGGAAGGUGCGUUUGACGAAGAGGGAAGAUCCGAUGCUGAGGGGAGGAGGAUGAGCUUGCCAGAUGAUGAUGGGAGAGCGGAGGCGAGAGGGCCGGGGAGGGGAGGAGGAGGUGAGCGGUGGGUGGUGCGCGGAUCGAUGUACCUCGUCCCUCCUCCUCUUCCACCCCUCCUCCUCAUCCUCCGCCUCCUACUCCUCCUCCACCUCCUCCUCCUCCUCCUCCUCCUCUUCCUCCACCUUCCUGCUGCUGCCGGGUAGUUCAGCGAGGCUGCCUUUAGUCCCGCCGUAGCCUCCCUGCCGGCCACACUCUCGCUGCCCGGCCGCCCACCGCCCACCGUCAUCCUCCCUCAGCCCGCCGCCCGUCACCUCGGCAGGACACCAUCCCUACGUCACCCUCGACGUCCCCGUCACCGUCGCGUCACGGGCGUCCGUGUGGUGCCGCGACACAGCCCGUGAGGCCAGACUGGACAGUUCCCCCUCCCCCCCCCAGCCCGCCCUUCCGCAGAGCCUCUGGCCUGUGCCCGCGCGGCGCUGGGCAUGCCGGCAGCGCGCUGCCCCUCGGCUAGCGGGGGCGGGCCACGUCAAGAUUGAGUCAGGUUCCCGGCAGGAGUGCGACGCCCCAAGUCCGCGUCCCGUGACUGUUGUGUCGCUCUCGGGCGUGAUGGCGGCGUAGCGGCGCCGCCCACUGCUCUCCUUCGCCGACCCCCGCACCACCGGCCUGGAAGCCCUCACCGUCGUCGAAUGGAGGAUGCAGCUGCUGCUGAAGAGUAAGCACCGGGAGAAGGGCGGCAGCGGCGGCGGCGGCGGCGGCGGCGGAGGCGGAGGCGGAGGAGGCGGCGGAGCCAGAGGCCUGGCGGAGGGGGCGGCCGGUGGCCCUGGACCCUCCCGCCCCCCCUCCAGGACCACAUCCAGAGGGCCCUCCAGAGGCUCCUCCCGCCCUCCUCCGCCCCUCCGCCCACCCUCGAGGGAGGUCAGUCCUGUGCACGAGGCCGCCAACUUCCACCCUGACCUAGUGGCCUCCGGGGCCCUGCACUGCGAGUCCCCGCACCGCCACCACCACCACCACCACGGCCACCACCACGCCCACUACCACCACCACCACCCGCCCUGGGAUGGGCGGGCCGUCUGCUAUCCUCAUGGCCGCGUGCCCCACGAGAUGCUUGACGGCGUGCCGGAUCCUCGGUUCGCACCCACGUGCCCCUGCGGCGGCCGCCUCUCCAGGGCUUCCUCGUGGGAGUCUGACCGGCCGCCCGACGGGGCCGAGUCGGGCUGCUUCCCCAAGGGCCGCUCCAAGCACGAGUAUCGGUCCCAGAAAGGCGGCCGCGGCAGGAUACGGCGCCUCAUCGAUAUGUCUGUGAUAAUGGGCAUCUUCAAGCCCUGCAAGUUCAAGAGGAUGCUCAACAAGGAACUCAGCCACUUCUCGGAAUCCAGCAAGUCGGGCAACCAGAUCUCCGAAUACAUUUGCACAACCUUCCUCGACCAACAACAAGACCUCGACAUCCCCAGCCUGCGAGUGGACGAUGGCGAGCGAAUCAAGAAGAAGGAAAGAACUGUGUCGGGCAGCCUCGCAGGAGUGUCCGCCGUUUCACUGCCACCAGGGAGCGAGAGGAGCCAGAUGCUGCAGUCCGUGGCAGCAGCAUCCUCAGGGUCCCAGGCCACGGCGGCUAUUGGGGCGGCCGGCAGGGUGUCCAUGUCCCAAAUCCAGGGCGUGAAGAUACCGCUGAUGCACGCCAACUCCUUCACCGGCGAGAGGCUGCCGAAGUAUGGCGUCGAGACCAGCCACGAGGAGGAGCUGGGCAAGAUUCUAGAGGACAUUGACAAGUGGGGCAUUGAUGUGUACAGGAUCGCUGAGCUCUCCAACAGGAAGCCCCUCACCACAGUCACCUACGCAAUCUUCAUGGAACGAGAUUUGCUGAAGACGUUCAAUAUUCCGCCCAAGACCUUCAUCUCCUUCAUGAUGACACUUGAGGAACACUACCUGAAGGACGUGCCGUACCACAACUCACUGCACGCUGCGGAUGUCACACAGUCCACACACGUCCUCCUCAACUCCCCGGCCCUUGAGAAUGUAUUCACCCCCCUGGAGAUCCUGGCAGCUAUCUUCGCAGCCGCCAUCCAUGACGUGGACCACCCUGGCCUAACCAACCAGUACCUGAUCAACUCCUCCUCGGAACUCGCCCUCAUGUAUAACGACGAGUCAGUCCUCGAGAACCACCACCUGGCUGUUGCGUUUAAGCUGCUGCAGAAUGACGAGUGUGACAUCUUUGCCAGUCUUGGUAAGAAGCCUCGACAGACCCUGAGGAAGAUGGUGAUCGAUAUGGUGCUGGCAACAGACAUGAGCAAACACAUGAGCCUCCUGGCGGACCUCAAGACUAUGGUGGAGACCAAGAAGGUGGCUGGCUCAGGGGUCCUGCUCCUCGACAACUACACAGACAGGAUACAGGUGCUACAAAACAUGGUCCACUGUGCUGACCUUAGCAACCCUACCAAGCCUCUUGAUUUGUACAAAAAUUGGGUAUCUUCUAUCAUGGAGGAGUUCUUCCAGCAAGGGGACCGAGAGAGGGACCAGGGCAUGGACAUCUCCCCCAUGUGUGACAGGCACACGGCCACCAUCGAAAAGUCACAGGUUGGCUUCAUUGACUACAUUGUCCAUCCACUGUGGGAGACGUGGGCAGACCUGGUCCACCCCGACGCCCAGGACAUCUUGGACACCCUGGAAGAGAACAGGGACUGGUACAACAGCAUGAUCCCCAUCUCCCCGUCUUCUUCCUCCAACGACCUGAAGGAGGAGGAGUACCAAGGAGAGAACUCCCAGGACGUGCCUGAGGAGGAGCUUUGUGCAGCUGCUGACAGGAUCCAGAUUCAGUUUACGCUUGAGGACGAAGGCAGUGGGAACAGAGGGCCGCCAGGGGACGCUCGGGGGGAGGAUCCCACAAUGUGACCGCUGGUGGCGUCCUACUGUGCCAGACUCAAGCGGAAGGUGAUGCGGUGGCUGCACCUCAAGUGACAGCCCCUGCCGCAGGAGGCGAGGGGAGCCUCUGCAUCCCCUGCCCCCCUGCACACCACUGCCUCUGGCUCUCACCUCCUUACCUCAUGUUGCGAGAUUUCUUUGUGUCUGCCGCGGGCCCUGCUGGUUCGGGGCCGACCGCGUGGGCUUGUGUGAGCUCCCAAGGACUGAGCUGUAUGCCUGGCCUCAGCCGACCUACCCUUGCCUAAUGUGAUUUAAUAUAUUCUUAUAGUAUUGAUGGAGAGUCGGUCACAACAGUGAACAGUGCCAAAUUGUUCCUUUUUAAAAGAAAUAUGGAUCCUGUGGUGGUGGUUUGUUAUAUGAGAAAAGAACUCUUAUGAAGAAUUGUUUGUCAUGUGAGGAUUCUGUUCCUGAGUGGUCAGUCUUUUAAAAAUACCAGUCUCGUGAAGGCAACGACGUGCGAUGCCUCGAGAGCACAGUUGUGGAGAGUUGAUUUUUUUUUUUUUUUUUUUAUGGUUUGAGGACUAAGGCUUCUGUGUGGUACAUAUCAGAUAGCAGCACCAAUAACCGGCACAUGAGUGGUGCUUUCAUUGUGCAAAUCUGGGGCAUUAUAACGUGAGCUCUUCAUAACACAGGUGCCUGACGGGGCUCGCUGCUGCCAACACUAUAAAUAGACUCACUGUCGGAGAAGCCAAAGAUAAUUUAUUGCUUCAGCCCACGGUUGACCUGGAGCCGCCGCUGCUACCACACAUUUCAGCUGCUGUGCAGAUCGAGGGAUGCAAGUUUGUGCAGCAGCUGAGGACAUGGAUGGUGGGUCUUGUCAGGCAGAAGAUAAAACAUGUCCCUCACUUAAAACUGAUGUAAGAGUUUAGAUGAUAUUGAUUCUCUGUUUUCAUUAUUUAUUUUAAGUAGUGUGAAAAAAAUUGUCAUUAGAUUUUUUUUUUUUUUAUUAUUAUUAUUAUUAUUAUUAUUCCUGGCAGGGGAAGGUUCAUGAGUAGUUCGUUUUUAUUUUUUUUUUGCAAUGUCACUUUGAGGUUUUAAUCUUUUAGACAGCUUUUUUGACGCUACCUUAGAUGUUCGAUGAACUUCAUUGAUGGGUUUUCACCUACUUUUGAACUAGGUAGCCAUAAAGGAGGUUCAGAUUUUAGCACUUCAACUUCUACCCACCUGUUAAACAACACAGGCAUUUUUUCUGUUUCCUCUUUUCUCUUGAGUAACUUAAAAUCACUAUGUGUGUGCACCAAUCAUUUUCAUAUAAAUAUUUCCUAAUCUCAUAAUCCCACAACCUUCAAAGAUGUGCCACUCAUCUCAUCAUGAAUUGUGAUAUUGUUAAAGGCAGAGUUGGGUGAACUUUGGUCCAUCGUCGUAGAAUAUAAAGAAGAGCUUGCAGACCUUACAUUUGCCUCGGUGUGUAGGAAGCAUACUCGUUUCUGUUCGUCAGAUAGAAUUUGUCUGCUUUUUUCCUGAUAAAUUACUGCAUACAUUAAUUUCAUACUUUUGAGCCACAAUUACUAUGCCAUACAUUAUUUAGUAACAAACUGGCCUGUGACACUCAUACCGUUGGAAUUGCCAACUUGUGAAGUGAAGCAAAUCUGAGCCUCUAGUGUAGAAUACUCCCUUGUGAUGAAGAGAGCAUAGUGUGCGUCAUGUUCCAUCCCACGCCGCCCAGUGUCGCUCGCAGCCACACUCCCGACUCCCCUCGGCUCGGCACUGGCAACAUCGGCAUCCCUUGAUUUCCUUCUACAGCCCCUUUUCCUGUCCUUCCCUCCCUUUCCCCUCCCUCCCUCCCUUCAUCCCUCCGUAUAGGAAGAUCAUGGUGAAGGGGGGACUGAUAAAUAUGCACCACACAGAUAACCACUUUCAUAGCCAUGAUGUUUGUGUCCACUCGUUGCAGCCAUUUCAGAGAUCAGUGUUGCUCCUAUCUUUAUAAUGUAGUGUACUGUGCACUCCAGUCCUGGCAUUGGCACUGUGCCUGGCGCGUGUCCCCUCACAGUGGUGCUCCCACGGGCACUGUACGGAGCCUCACUUGCCGUCAGGAUAAAGUUAGUAGCUCAAAGAGGAGAAAAAAGUGGGACAGUUUACCUGCAGAUGUUUUCCCACGGACCUGAGGACAGACUCACCCUUCACUACAUGCUAAUUAUUCAGAUAUAUUUAUUUUUUAUAGUAGAAGCAUUAAUCCCACCUUUAUGACAGGGUGACUGUAGUUGUCUAAUACCAUGUGAAUGUUAAUUUUCUCAUAAUUUAUUGAAUGGGUCUCCUAUACAUGUGUAUUAUUUUUAAAAUAUUUACAUGUAUAUAGAGGUGCAAGUAAAUAUUAUCAGGUGUAUAAUAAGAUGUAUGAGUAUUUAAGCAGUAUUGCUUAUUGACAUAUAUAUAUAUAUAUAUAUAUAUAUAUAUAUAUAUAUAUAUAUAUAUAUAUAUAUAUAUAUAUAUAUAUAUAUAUAUAUAACUAUAUAUAUAUAUAAUGUACAUACUUUAUGUUAGAUUGGUUGGCACCUCAGGUCUAAUUCACUACCAGGACCAUCUGCACAGACUACGGUGAGACUGUGUAAUAAUAUAUCUACAGAACCAUAACUAACUAUCCUGUUGAAAUAUGGGACUUGCUUUUUUUUUUUUUUUUUUUUUUUUUUUUGGUGGAAAAAAUUAUCAUCGUUAUUUGGUGUUGGGUCAAUGGAAGGCUUACCUGGCCCCAGCAAAGUCAAGGUCAGGGUUAUUUGCUGAUGAGUGACUGUGAUGUUUCGAUGACUCAUAAUUGUGAUGACUGUGACCCCAGUGUCAGGGUGUUGGUGUUGCCCCUUGUUGAGCCAGGUCAGGGCAGGCCAGAGGGCAAGGCUCGAGUUGUGUGUACAAUCUGCUCUGCCAAGGUGAGGAACAAUGUCCAGUUCUCCGAUUAAGAUGACAAAAUUUCCUCAGUCAGAGUGGCGACUAUACCCACUCACUUCCUGCGCUCAGUGUGUGGAUAUUAUUGUUUAAAAAUCACAAUAGUUCUGGACAACUAACUUUUCAAUUUAUUUUUUUCUGAAUCCUAACUCAAAAAUCUAAAUAUUUUUGCAAAUUACAUAAAUGUAUGUAUGUAUAUUAAUAUAUAUUUUGUAUCAUUAGAAAAAAAUUGUUAUGUUUCUGUUUCCACUUCCAUGCACAAUGAGGAACUUGUAAGCAACAUUGAGAAGCAAAUGUUACCCUCCUCAACAUAUUUUUAUUGUAUCACGAAUCACCUGAGCAGAAUUAUUGUAAAACACUUUUGUUAACUUAAAGGUUGUGUUUCGCAUUGUUUAAGAAUAUAUCUAUUUUUAAUACAGUAUAACAUUGUUUAUAUAUCAAUACUAUAUUUGUAUUGCUGAAUAAGUCUCCAGGAACUGCAUGCGCUGUGUGCUGAACCUGAUUUUUUUUUAGGUGUAGACGUAUCUACUGUAUUUACGCAAGUCUGCUCCAUAACUGACUGCUGAAGUACAGUGCUCGUGUCUACACCCUUAUUUUUUUCACAUACAUUCACGUGAUUGCAACAGAUAAAAGGCAGGUCCUUCCCUCUGCACAGAGAGCAGCGGGGGUGAAAAUCUGUACUUCACUCAUAAAGGGAGGAGACAACCAUAUUUGGUGGCACAAUUACCUCCCCAUUUGCUCCUCCAGUGUACAGCUGAAGCAGGAAAUGGGAGAGUGACAGGACUUGUGGGGAAGAGAGGGAUGGGGCUGAGGAGGGGCGGGGACAGCAGUAGAGCUUAGAGGAUGCUAAUGUAAGGGGAGGAGGUAUAUGGAGCAUUUAUAGUCAGAGGAGGGUGUGAUAGCGAUGGAGGUGUUGGGAGACCUUUGUGUUAGGGGCAGAGGAGGUCAGACAGGGUGUGCCCAGCGGCAUGCCCAAGUGUACUUGAUGCCCCAUGUACUAUUCCCCUCCACCCAUGUCUCGCACUGUUUGGCCACCUGCUGUUAGACUCCAUCACAUUUUCAAACCUUUCAACUUGGUAUGCUUAGUCAAUUGUACAGUCUGUUGUGCCUAUGUAUAUAUGGGUAAUAUGAAAUCCGUAUAAAUUAUAUAAUUUUAUGUAUAAUAGCUAGAAUUAUUUAAUAAAAUAAACUUUUGGAAUAAA